AUGGCCAACUACUUUGUCUACCGACCAGUGUUCAAAGAUUGGGAGUUCCGAACACGUUACAGAAUGAGUCUCAAUCUCUUCAAGCGUAUAUCUACUGACCUUUGCCAGUAUGAUCGUUACUUUGUUCAAAAGUCAGAUGCUACCAAGAAAGUCGGACUGCUUCCGGAGCAGAAGAUGACAGCUUCCUUGCGAAUGCUUGCUUACGGUGUUGGGGCAGAUCAAUGUGCUGAGUAUUGUCGGAUGGCGAAAUUCAUCUCUGUCGCAGCCCUUCAGCGAUUUACACGAGGAAUUAUUGAUCUUUACUCAGCAGAAUACCUCUGCGCUCCUACCGCUGUUGACCUCAAACGACUUCUUGCCGAAACUAAGAUGAGAGGUUUUUCAAGAAUGAUUGUGAGCAUCGACUGUAUGCAUUGA